AUGGCCGAACCAGAAGUCGCAUCAACAGACAGCGAAGCUGUCCCUACACCAGAAAACAGCACCCCCCUCGAUGAUGCCUCUCCUCUCGAAGAACAUGUCCCCUCCAUCGAUACGCCAACGCUCGCGCCCACCUCCCCCGAGUCCCGUCUCUCUCGAAACCCUUCAUUCUCCGGCAGCAGCAGUACCUACCAAGAAGACUGGGACUCCAACUUCCCCCCUCUGGACCGCCUAACUGUCUUGGAGCUGCUCGAUAACUUCACCCUCCCGCAACAGCUUGAGAAACUCCAGAAGGGCAUCUCGGCCCAGACUGAGAAAGUGCGCAAGUCCCGCGAAGCCUUCAACACUAAAUCCCGCCAAGCCCGCGAGCGCAUGGUAGACGAAUGGCGCCGUCGGGUCCCCUCCGCUGAAGAGCAGCUCGACCGGUACCGCAAGCGCAUGAGGAACUCGGUCGACAAACUCGGGAAACGCUGGAACGACACCAAAGCUAUCACCCUCCGCGAGAAGAUCUCGUUCAUCUUCGGUGUCAUGAACAUUUUUGUCUCGGGGUAUCUAAUCGGCGGCUGGCCAGAGUACAUGCACUGGUGGUACACCAUCCAGAUCCUGUACUUUAUGCCUAUUCGCUUCUACACCUACCACAAGCGGGGAUACCACUACUUUCUCGCCGACCUCUGCUACUUUGUCAACUUUCUCCUGUUGUUAUCCGUUUGGGUCUUUCCAAAGAGUAAACGGCUGUUUACAGCCGUGUACUGCCUCGCAUUUGGAAACAACGCCGUGGCAAUCAUCAUGUGGCGCAACUCGCUGGUCUUCCACUCGUUUGAUAAAGUCACCUCGCUCUUCAUCCACAUCAUGCCCUGCGCGACGUUGCACUGCAUCGUUCACUUAAUCUCCCCCGAACACCAAGCCUCUCGCUUCCCAGCAAUUUACACAAUCAAGCACUCUCCCGCUGGCUCGCCAACCGCUUACGCCAACGUCCUGAGCAUGCUAGCCUGGUCCACAAUCCCGUACGCGAUUUGGCAGUUGAGUUACUACUUUUUUAUCACCGUCCGCCGGAGAGACAAAAUCGCCGCCGGCCGCCCGACAUCCUUCACCUGGCUCAGGCAAUCGUAUUCCAAAGUCUGGAUCGGAAAGUUUGUGUUGGGGCUCCCGGAGGCGUUGCAGGAGCCAGCGUUCAUGUUUAUACAAUAUGCAUACGCGGUCCUGACGAUGCUACCGUGCAGCCUGUGGUUUUACUACAGGUGGGCGAGUGCGGGUUUUUUGGGAGUCGUUUUUGUUUGGUCGGUGUACAACGGGGCGACGUAUUAUAUUGACGUUUUUGGAAAGAGGUUUCAGAAGGAGCUGGAGGCGAUGAGGAAGGAGGUGGAGAGGUGGCAGGGUGAGCAUGAGGGGUUGGUUGGUGGAGGCGGGUGGAGUGAUCAUGGGGAGGAGAAGAAGGUUGGGCUUGGGGAGGGGAUUAGUGGGAAGGUGCUGGAUGAAAGGAGGGAGGGGGAUGAGGAUAGUGGGGGUGGGUUGGAUAAUAUUCCGCUGUUGAAUGAUGAACGGCCGGCGGCGGCGAUGGUUACGGGGUUGGAGGUUGGUGAUGGGGGGGCGAGGGAUGUGGCUAGGGAGAGGAGGCAGGGGAGGGGGGGGAUUUAA